AUCAAGGAAAUAGGCUGAGCCGCAGAGAAACCUGUUGCCGAGAAGAGCUCCCGGGGACACCAGGCCUUCUGGGUAGGCCCUGCUGUGAUCUGUGAGCUGUGGUACUGUCAGGGGCGUCCAGGGCCCGGCGAUGCCCGACCCCGCGGCGCACCUGCCCUUCUUCUACGGCAGCAUCUCGCGCGCCGAGGCCGAGGAGCACCUGAAGCUGGCGGGCAUGGCCGACGGGCUGUUCCUGCUGCGCCAGUGCCUGCGCUCGCUGGGCGGUUACGUGCUGUCGCUGGUGCACGACGUGCGCUUCCACCACUUCCCCAUCGAGCGGCAGCUCAACGGCACGUACGCCAUCGCGGGCGGGAAGGCGCACUGCGGCCCGGCCGAGCUCUGCCAGUUCUACUCGCAAGACCCCGACGGGCUGCCCUGCAACCUGCGGAAGCCGUGCAACCGGCCGCCGGGCCUCGAGCCGCAGCCCGGGGUCUUCGACUGCCUGCGCGACGCCAUGGUGCGCGACUACGUGCGCCAGACCUGGAAGCUGGAGGGCGAUGCCCUAGAGCAGGCCAUCAUCAGCCAGGCCCCACAGGUGGAGAAGCUCAUCGCCACCACAGCCCACGAGCGGAUGCCCUGGUACCACAGCAGCCUGACCCGCGAGGAGGCCGAGCGCAAACUCUAUUCCGGCCAGCAGACCGACGGCAAGUUCCUGCUGAGGCCCCGGAAGGAGCAGGGUACGUAUGCGCUGUCUCUGAUCUAUGGGAAAACUGUAUACCACUAUCUCAUCAGCCAGGACAAGGCUGGCAAGUACUGCAUUCCCGAAGGCACCAAGUUUGACACGCUCUGGCAGCUGGUGGAGUACCUGAAGCUGAAGGCGGAUGGGCUCAUUUACCGCCUGAAGGAGGCCUGCCCCAACAGCAGCGCCAGCACUGCAGCUGCUGCACCCACACUUCCAGCCCACCCUUCCACAUUCACUCAGCCUCAGAGACGUGUUGACACCCUGAACGCAGAUGGAUACACCCCUGAACCAGCGCGCAUAGCAUCCUCAGACAAGCCGCGGCCGACACCCAUGGACACCAGCGUGUACGAGAGUCCAUACAGCGACCCUGAGGAACUCAAGGACAAGAAGCUCUUCCUGAAGCGAGAGAACCUCCUGGUGGCGGAUAUCGAACUUGGCUGCGGCAACUUUGGCUCCGUGCGCCAAGGAGUCUACCGGAUGCGCAAGAAGCAGAUCGACGUGGCCAUCAAGGUGCUGAAGCAAAGCACGGAAAAGGCCGACAAGGACGAGAUGAUGCGGGAGGCGCAGAUCAUGCACCAGCUGGACAACCCCUACAUCGUGCGGCUCAUCGGCGUGUGCCAGGCCGAGGCGCUCAUGCUGGUCAUGGAGAUGGCGGGCGGCGGGCCGCUGCACAAGUUCCUGCUGGGAAAGAGGGAGGAGAUCCCCGUCAGCAACGUGGCGGAGCUGCUGCACCAGGUGGCCAUGGGCAUGCGGUAUCUGGAGGAGAAGAACUUCGUGCACCGGGACCUGGCAGCGCGGAACGUCCUGCUGGUGAACCGGCACUACGCCAAGAUCAGUGACUUCGGCCUGUCCAAGGCGCUGGGCGCCGACGACAGCUACUACACGGCCCGGUCGGCGGGGAAGUGGCCCCUGAAGUGGUACGCGCCGGAGUGCAUCAACUUCCGGAAGUUCUCCAGCCGCAGCGACGUCUGGAGCUACGGGGUCACCAUGUGGGAGGCCUUCUCCUACGGCCAGAAGCCCUACAAGAAGAUGAAGGGCCCCGAGGUCCUGGACUUCAUCAAGCAGGGCAAGAGGAUGGAAUGCCCGCCCGAGUGUCCGGCCGAGAUGUACGCGCUCAUGAGCGACUGCUGGACCUACAAGUGGGAGGACCGCCCGGACUUCCUGUCCGUGGAACAGCGCAUGCGCAGCUACUACUACAGCCAGGCCAGCCGGGCCGAGGGGCCGUCGCCGGCGAGUGAGCAGGCGGCCGAGGCUGCGUGCGGCUGAGCGGCCCCCCCGGCUCUCCACACCCCCCUCUAGCGUGCCCCUGGGGCCAGGAGGCCCCGCGCCCUGGAGCUCCAGACCUCAGGCCCACGGCGCUCAGAGGGUCCCCGCCGCGUCCUUCCCGCGUGGGCUGGGGCUGCCGCGACCAGGCUCGGCGUCUCGAGGCCCCGGGCGGAGAGGCCGUGAGCGGGGAGGUCUGGUCUGCUCUGCUUCCGAGCGGAAGUCCCGCAGGGGCCGCUGUCACUGGAAUAAACCGCUCUUUGCUCGAG